UCUAGGGCUCUGCUGCUUCCUCUGAGCCUUCUUCCUCCUCCAGAUUCGAAAAACCCGUUGCUCAGCCUCUGUGAUUCUCUGUAAUCGGAAGGCGCUGAACGUGAACGACCAUGUUAUCGGGGGAUAUACCGCCUAAUCAGACCAUAUACGUUAAGAAUCUCAAUGAGAAGGUCAAGAAAGAAGAAUUGAAGAGAUCCCUUUAUGCUUUGUUUUCUCAAUAUGGGAGGAUUCUCGACGUUGUUGCCUUGAAGACACCGAGGCUUCGGGGACAAGCGUGGGUUGCAUUUAGUGAAGUGACUGCUGCUAGCAAUGCUGUGAGGCAGAUGCAAAAUUUCCCAUUCUAUGAUAAACCUAUGCGAAUUCAAUAUGCCAAAUCAAAAUCAGAUUGUGUUGCUAAAGCUGAUGGAAGCUUUGUGCCAAGGGAGAAGAAAAAGAAGCAAGAGGAGAAAGCUGAAAGAAAGAGACGUGCUGAAGAUUCACACCAGUCUGCGAUGCCCAAUGGAACAACCACUGAGAAUGGAAGUUCAAAUGCCACAUUCCGUCAUGCAAAUCCAAGCGCACCGGAAGCCGCUCCAAACAACAUACUAUUUAUUGAGAAUUUGCCACAUGAAACUUCCAGUAUGAUGUUGCAAGUCCUCUUCCAACAAUAUCCUGGAUUCAGGGAAGUCCGGAUGAUUGAAGCGAAGCCGGGUAUUGCUUUUGUUGAGUUUGAAGAUGAUGUUCAAUCCUCUAUGGCGAUGCAGGCUCUUCAAGGCUUUAAAAUUGACCCCCAACAUCCUAUGGCUAUCUCGUUUGCAAAGAAGUAACUCAUCCUUUGUUCGACUGUUAGUUUUAUGCAACGUGCAGCAGGUUUAUGUUUACGUGGGAGCAUAUAAAUGAGUCGGGUAGUUUUUAUGUAAAGUUCAGAUAUCCUUCCCUUUCUUCCAAGGAAGAAAGAGAAUGAAAGAAAGAAAACACGAGGAGGCGGCCCACUGGCUUCAAAGAGGGAGGAUAUGAAACCAAGGGGCUCGAUGAGUUUUGCCGGCUGAGCUAAUUUCAAUUUCCAAGGGUAGCUAGUAAAAAGUGUUAUGUUGGGUCGUCAAAAGGGAAACAGAAAGGAACUAAUUGAAGACUGUCUUUUAACGUGUUCAUGUAUUUGUAGUAGUGGUGAAUUAGCUUUUGAAAAUGAACUGGGGAGCUGAAAUUUAUGAGGUUCCAUCUUUGUUUAUAAUCAUUUCUGUCAAAGUCUCAGUACAGUUCUGUAUCUGUGUGGUAGUUUCUUUCAUUGGUGAUUCAUUAUGAGCAAGAUUUGACCCAACUUAGAUUGAAA